AUGUGCCCAAUUUGCUUGAGGUUUCCGGAGUCAGUUGUCCACGCACUUUGGGAUUGUGAUGCGGCUAGAGAUGUGUGGGCAGGUAGCUUAAAAAUUCUGCAGAAAGGUGGGUCAGGUAUGGUGGAUAUGCUUCAUUUAAUGGAAUACUUAAUGGAGCGGGUAGAGUCUCAUGAUCUGGAGGUUGUGCUAGUUCAAGCAUGGCUGAUUUGGAAUCAAAGAAAUCGGGUUGUGCAUGGGGGUAAGUUUCAUGACCCAGGCUGGUUGAAUAAUCGGGCAACAGAGGUUCUUGAGGAGUUUCGGACUGCUUCUGCAUUAAUGGGACCAUCACAUGGAGGGCUAGCUUCUCAGGACACUUGGCAGCCCCCUCCUCCUUUGAUCUUCAAGCUUAACUUUGAUGCAGCUCUGUUUUCGGCUCUUAAAAGUUCAGGUUUUGGUGUAGUUAUUCGGAACGAAAAAGGGUGA